UUUCAACCACACCACCUUCUUCUUCUUCUUCAAUUCAUCUAUGGCGGCUUCUUGUUCAACCUCUUUGUUUCUAGUUUUCUCGUCUCUCUUGAUCUUCUCAUCUCUUCUUUACGUAUCCGAAGCCGAUUACUCCGCACCCAUUACAAAAGGAUUAUCAUGGGAUUACCACCACAAAACAUGUCACAAAGUUGAAAAAAUUGUUCGAAAACAUCUCAAGAAAGUAUUCGACAAGGAUAUCGGUCAAGCAGCGGGCUUGCUUCGACUUCACUUUCACGAUUGUUUUGUCCAGGGAUGUGAUGGUUCGGUAUUGCUUGAUGGGUCUCAUGGUGGUCCGAGUGAACAAACCGCACCACCCAACCAAAGUCUACGAAAAGAGGCGUUCGACAUCAUCGAAGAUCUACGGAAUUUGGUCCAUAGAGAAUGCGGGAGAAUCGUGUCUUGUGCUGAUAUUGUUGCUCUUGCGGCUCGUGAUGCUGUUCAUCUGUCAGGUGGACCGGACUAUGAUGUUCCAUUGGGUAGAAAAGAUGGUCUCUCAUUCGCCACAGAAAACGCCACACUAGCCAACCUUCCAGCACCCACAAGUAAUGCCACCACUAUUCUUUCUGCGCUUGCCGUAAAAAACCUCACCCCAACAGAUGUGGUGGCCCUCUCUGGGGGCCACACUAUCGGGGUGAGCCACUGCUCCUCCUUCGCCUCGCGUCUCUACCCCACCCAAGACCCCACCAUGGAAAAAACCUUUGCCCAUGGGCUCAAAGAGGUUUGUCCCACCAACACCACCGAUGCCACCACUGCCAUGGACAUUUACUCUCCAAUCAAGUUCGACAACAAGUAUUUCGUCGAUUUGAUGAACCGACAAGGGCUUUUUACCUCGGAUCAAGAUUUGUAUACUCAUAAAGUGACUAAACCAAUUGUGGAAAGUUUUGCACAUGAUGAGAAGUUGUUCUUUGAGGCAUUUGUGAAAGCCAUGAUCAAAAUGGGACAAAUGGAAGUGUUGACCGGUGGAAAAGGAGAAAUUCGUGCACAUUGUUCUAUUAGGAACCCUGAUAACAAAGCGUAUUUCUCUUAUUUGGUUGAAGAAGAGGACCAGUCCGAUCUCGAGACAAGGGCCGAAUUGCGUUGAUGCGUUAUAAGCAUAUCGAGAUUGGUUGAUCUAGCUUGUUAUUGCGCACAUUUUCAAUAUAAUAAGGAUUUGGUACGGUUUGGAAAUGUAUCUUUGUAAUAUCUUGUGACAUGUUUAGUUAAUUUUUACUUUGUUUUCUUUUGAAAUAUAGAUUUUAAAUGCAAACUUCAUAUUUUGGUUUC